GAGCUGCGGCGGCGGCGGGAGGGGGAGGGGGAAGAGGGAGGAGGCGGAGCAGUCUCGGCUCCAAUCUCGGGAGCCCCGGCGGUCCGAGUCGGGCCUCGGAAGGAGGCGAGAGGGAGCCCGCUGCAGGCAAGAAGGCACUGACGGAAGGGCAGGUGGAGGAGGAAGAUGUUUGACUGGGACCUCCUAAAGAUGAAGGCCAUUGAGCCGUAUCAGGAAAUCCUGGAGGUCUACUUGAUCAAUGCCAAGAACUAUGUAAAUGGACACUGCACCAAAUAUGAGCCCUGGCAGCUGAUUGCAUGGAGUGUGCUGUCGACCUUGCUGAUGGUGUGGCUCUAUGGGUUUAUCUUCCAGUCUGAGAGCUUGUUUUCAAGAGCCAAAAAGAAGUUUUUUAGAAUCAUCAGAAGAGUCCCUAUCAUUGGUACUAAGAUCAGAGAAAGAUUUAGCAAGGCCAGGGAAGACAUUAUCAAGAAUCUGUCCUUCCUGAAAGUGGACAUGGAGUAUGUGAAAAAACUGCCUGCUGAGGGUUUAAGCUCAUCUGACAUUCUGGAGAGGCUCAAGGACUACAACUCCCUUGGAAAUUCACGUUGGGAAGACGGGAAGGUUUCUGGGGCAGUGUACAGUGGUGAUGAGAAACUCACUGAACUUCUUGUGAAGGUUUAUGGAGAUUUUGCAUGGAGCAAUCCAUUACACCCAGAGGUCUUUCCAGGGGUUCGGAAGAUGGAGGCAGAGGUUGUGAGGAUGGUUUGCACCCUCUUUAAUGGUGGACCAGAGUCUUGUGGCUGCGUGACUUCAGGGGGGACAGAGAGCAUCCUGAUGGUCUGCAAAGCCUAUCGAGACCUAGCUUAUGAAAAGGGCAUCAAAUAUCCAGAAAUAGUGGCCCCCGUUAGCGUCCACGCCGCCUUCGAGAAGGCGGCCCAUUACUUUGGGAUGAAGCUGAAAAGUGUCCCACUGAACAAAAACAUGGAGGUGAAUGUCAAGGCCAUGAGAAGAGCCAUUUCUGGAAACACUGCAAUGCUUGUCUGUUCAGCGCCUCAGUACCCCCAUGGGGUGAUAGAUCCUAUCCCUGAAGUGGCCAAGCUGGCUGUCAAGUAUAAAAUUCCUUUCCACAUAGAUGCCUGUUUGGGGGGCUUCCUCAUUGCCUUCAUGCAGCAAGCAGGGUACCCGCUGGAUCAACCCUUUGAUUUCCGGGUAAAAGGCGUGACUAGCAUUUCCGCAGAUACGCAUAAGUAUGGGUACGCUCCCAAAGGCUCAUCUGUGCUGCUGUACAAAAGCAAUGAAUACAGGCGUUACCAGUUCUUCGUAGCCCCUGACUGGCAGGGUGGGAUCUACGCUUCUCCCAGCAUGGCAGGAUCGAGGCCUGGCGGCAUCAUCGCAGCCUGCUGGGCCACCUUGAUGCACAUGGGGGAAAAUGGCUAUAUUGAGGCCACCAAAAGCAUCAUCAGAACCGCCCGCUUCCUCAAGUCAGAGCUAGAAAAAAUCAAAGGCAUCUUUGUUUUUGGGAACCCCCUGUUGUCAGUCAUUGCCUUAGGCUCUCACGACUUUGACAUUUUUCGACUCUCUAAUCUCAUGACUGCCAAGGGUUGGAACUUGAAUAUUUUGCAAUUCCCAUCAAGCAUCCACAUCUGCAUCACCCUGGUUCACACUCGUCCCAAGGUUUCCAUGAUGUUUCUGAAGGAUGUCCGGGAAUCUGUCACACAGAUCAUGAAGAAUCCUAAAGCCAGGACAACAGGCAUGGGUGCCGUUUAUGGGAUGUCCCAGACAGUCCCUGACAGGAAGAUGAUAUCAGAAUUGACAGAGGCCUUUUUGGAAAGUCUUUUUUCCACAGACACGUAUCAGGGCAGUCAAAAGAAUGGUCCUCCCAAAUCUCACUGAUCCUGUGCCUGGGGAUGCCUUCCAACCAUGGUCCUGGGCUGACCUGUGGAGGAAGCAAGCCACUCUGAACUGAGGCGCUUGUUCACAUUCCACUUCCACAGCAACUUGAAGACAUGUGGAUUUGAGGGGCUUUUAAUUUGGAGAUAACUGAAUGAUUUCCUCAUGUAAUGCUCUUGUCCCUGUUUUCAUCCCUUCCCAGACAUUGUAUUAGCUGUUUCCCCCCUAAUCAUGGUGUGGCUCUUCUGACCUCUCCUGGUUCCUUAGGGAAGUGAGGGUAUGGCUCUGGGGCAGGGCAUGGCAGCCUCCCUUUGUGUCCUCAGUGGAGGUUUUCUAUGUCUGUCUUAAGUGAGAACCCUCCCCCUCCUUCCUCCGAACUGAUUUGGGCUUCUGUUUCCAACAAGCACCAGGAAUAGGCAACUGGACCCACUUGUGAUGAUCAUGGCUGAUUGCCUUUUAUUUAUCAGGAGGCCGGCUGGCCUGAACCAUUGCUCUGGUGGGAUGAGGUUGGAUUGGUCCAUUUCUUCCCACAGAAAGUGGCUCAGCUCAGUCCUGUCAUCCACCCAAAGGGAAUACUGGACUGAACUUAUCCACUUCUUCAUCAGAAAUCCCCUUUUGGUUCUGGGACUGCUACUCAUGGUCCUUUUCCUCUGAUAGGUUCGGAGUCCUCCAUAGGUUGGGUGAAGAAAAUGCUCAACAAGGUACUCUGGCGUCUCUGUCCCUGGAGUUUGUUCCCUUAAUUGGAGAUGGUCUAUUACCCCCUCCCCCCACCCCCAAGAUCUUGCUGCAGUCAGAAGCUAGACUCCACUGUAUUGGAGUGGGAUGGGGACCCAGGCUGGGGGUUGGGGGAAGCACUGAAAUUUGUUCUCUAUCCCUCCCUUUUCUUUUUCCUUCAGGCCAUCCUGUAGCAUAAAACUGGUAAAUGAAUUGUGAUCCUGGCUACUUGAAGGCACAUUUGAAAGGGCAUUCACCAAUCUGCCUUGACUUCUUCUGGCUGUUUUUGAGGAGGAUGUAGGAUCCCCAUUACAGGCCCAGUUAAUGCCCCAAACCUUGCUCAAGUCCCCAUGGUACUUAUAGCAUCUGGGCCUCAGGCUUUCUCUGUCAUCCCUAGCUAAAAGGGAGCAGGCUCAGGGCAACCUCUUUAUUAGAAAAAAGGGGCUUUGUGGGGAUUGCAGUCUGUGCUGGCCCCUGCAGUUCCUUGGUAGACUGGUAUCUCAGGUGGCGUGGGGUGAGCGCACAGAACCUACGUCCACUCCUCGCUCUCACCCUCUCUAGUGCCCUGCUCUGCCAGAGCUGUCCCGCCUUCUGAUUUCUUAGUAGCGUGCCUUUCUCUGCCAUAGCAAACAGCCACUCCAGACCCCAGGUGUUGGCACAACGUAUCUACUGACUUCUUUUAAUGCCAACCCUGGGCAUGGGGAUUUUUAUGACAAAGCAAUAUGAUGUUUUCCUGUGGGCCAUUCCCUUCAGGGAUCCUGGGAAUGUCCAACUUGUCCACUGGCACAAGCUUGGCAGAUCCUGUGACCUCCCAAUGCUGUGAAUUUGUACUUCCACAGGCCAAUGGGGAAGGAGAGUUACAUUUUUUGUCUUGCUUAUUUAAAGUACCAGAAUAAUGGAAUUGCCAGCUGUUAUUAAUUAUGUGAUAGUGCAGUAUGUCUGACUCCUGUUAUUUGUUUUGCCCUGUUUCCUGUACAUUUUGCCCCAAGGGAUUUGGAGGAAGGGGAGAAGUCCCUUGGAGCUGAAAAUCACAUGCUUCAUUUUCUUCAUCAACCAUCCAUCUGACCCAUUUAAUUACUCUGUGUAAGGCGCCGCUUUGUGAUGGUGCCAGUAGUCUAGAAAUCGCAGGAACUGCGCUUGGGUCUCAAGUGUUCUAGGGGAUCCAGAGCCCUGGAGCCAGCCAGCAGGCCUCUCUGCUCUGCCGUCGGCUGCCAGGAUGGAGACGCAGUCCUCACCCUUCAUUGCAUUCUGGAGCUGUGGAGGCUCUUCUUCCCUCUACUCUUUUGCAAGGAGCUGAGCCCUGCUACUUGUCAGUCCUGAUGCAGCCUCAAUUCCAGAUUUCAUUCUUUUUUCAAGUCUCUUCGCCUCUCUCUUCCAACUUGUACAAACUGUACUGUGAUGGUGUGUGUGAGCUGGUCAGCGGCCCAGGGCAAGUCAAGUGGCUCUGUCCUUGGUUUACUCUUGUUUCUUCUUUCUCUUACUGGUGGAGAAGUCGCUGUGUGAGACAUGUACUAUCAAAUCAGUCUUAAUACUGUUUUCAGCCUCAUAAUUGGAGAAUUGACGGUACUUUCCCUCUCCCUUCUCCCCUGUGACCUCUCUGCCAAGCUGCGGUAGUAACCUUGAAAAACAAUUAAACUUCUAAAACCUUCAU